AUGUGUCGCUGCUAUAGUCGUGAUUUUAAGCGGUCAACAUCAUCAUCACCACCAUCAUAUGCCGUUGCUCCAGAGACAAUAACAUAUGCGGCGAUGAUUUUACUCCUUCAAUCGCCACAACUGACCGACGCUCAAUUCCGUGACCUAUCGGUCAUAGUCCUGCAAAAAGCAGCUGAAAAACAGGCAUCAGCAACAUCAGCUCUUGAUCGCCCACCAACUCCAUCUGCACGACCACUAUCAGAACUAUCGUCAACAGCUUCAUUAGCACCUUCACCAUCAUAA